AUGCCAGAUACACUUUUCGUACUUGGUACUAUUGAUCGCAAGGAACACAAGUACGAACGUGCCACUCGACACUUUCACAAGACAAUGAGCUUGUGGCAAGCUUCGGGACAGAUGGCGAGCCACCCGCUUGAUAUCUCUUGCAUUUAUCGUCUUGGAUGUUUGGUACUUGAUCAGGGGAUGCCAAAACAGCAUGGCAAGUAGUUCCAUUCACCUCCCAUUUCUUUUCAGGUAGCCUGACCAAUGGGUCGCACUCUUAUCAGGUCGUACAUGGAAGACUAUCGCACGCAGGGGCAUCGGGGUGCGGAGCAAUGCUCUCUUGGCUGAACACAUGGGUGGCAUGUUCAAUGCUGUCCAAGUCAUGAGGGGAGUUGAGGAAGACGGAGGGAGGGUGGGCACACAAGCACUUGAGGGAAUUCCGCAGCGAGGUGGAGCGGUUCUACAAUGUCAAGGGGUUGGAUCUUGUGGGGCCCGUUAGAUGAGAGGACUUCUGACUCGGCGGUUUGCAUUCUUUGGCGCUAGACAGGUUGGGCUUGUUGUCGUUUUUGGGCGGUUUUGGAAGGUGGCAG